GAUUCCAUUGCGAUAUGGAUACAUGCGAGUUUGGUUUCCCAUGAAUGAUUUCUCUCUUGUAGUAACAUACUCUUACCCCAGGCCAACACCAGCCUGCUUUUGUACACUCCUCAGUUCUGAAUUUUUAUGUGCAAAUUUGUUGUCUGCCUUUUGAAAAAUCCACAUGGACAACAUCUAUUACAUUCCUAUCAGCAAUUAUUAAAAGUCAUCUUUUUCAUUAAAAAGAAAACAAUCAGACUUCUCCAUCACAAACAAGAGAAAAUAUACAGAUGCUGGAAAUCCAAGUUUUACACACACACACACACUCAGUAAGUCUAUGUUCUAUGCUCUACUCUCCUUCAUUACUUCUGCUUCUUCCAGCCUUUAUGUUCUGUUGAGAUGUUUUAUAAAAUGUCCCAUUAUUGACAUUGAAAAGACUGGCCUGCAGUUGCCCAGAGAGGACUUGCACCCUUUUUCAACAAGACGGUUCGUUUUUAUCUUCCUCCAGCCUAUAGCGUCACCCCGGUAUCUGGGAAAGAUUUACAGGUAAUAACAUGCCUUUAUAAAUCUUCCUCACAGGCAGACCAGGUGAUCUUUACACUUAAACACAGCUACCAUUGUUUUCCAACUUAACCCCAACAAUUGUCUCUACUGCCAUGUUUCAAGUUUCCCAACACUGCCCCACCAUCUCUGUACAUACACCGUAACCUUGAGCUGGGAACAGGCAUUGUAUUUCAGAAUUCCACCUGGUCCAUAUUAUUUUUAUUUCCUUUUCAGUCUCAGUUUAGAGCCAAUGAUAUUACAGAGAAGAUACUAGCAUGGAUAGAAGAUUGGCUGGCUGGCAGGAGGCAAAGAAUGGGAAUAAAAGGUGCCUGUCACUAGUGGUGUACCACAGGGGUUAUUAUUCGAUUCUGAGGCUGUGCCCUCUGGUCAUAUUGUCAUUGUUACUGUCUGUUAUGCCACUGACGUUUCGGAUAGCAUGAAGGUCCUCCAUCUCUGGUGGUGUUCAGGGCUUCCUCUCAGUUUUCACUACAGUCAAUCAUGCAAGUCCCAGAUGGAGACUCAGGACUACAGUCUCACUCAGAUGUAGAAGGAUUUUUCAUUGCUGUGUUCUAACAAUUUUGUUUUACCAGUCAGGGUUGUUAGCCCCGAGCUGAACCCCCGAAUCUGGAGGACUCCCCCCACCAUAGGAAACAUCCUCUCCACAUCCACUCUAUCCAGGCUUUUCAGUAGAAGAUCUGCAGAUGCUGGAAAUCCAAAGCAACACACAUAAAAUGCUGGAGCAAUUCAUCUAUGCAAAAGAGGAAGCAGCAACGUUUCAGGCCAAGGCCUUUCAUCAGGGCUGGAAAGGAAGAGGAGAAUUUGGGCAUUAAAAACUCUGGCUUGGUGGAUUGACCUCCUCAUCCGGUCAGUAGCAGAUCCUCCCCACCUGGUGGGGGCGCUCCCGAGCCAGGCUUGGAGCCGUCUCCAUGGAAACGGCCGAUUCCCCAGGCCUCCACCAGCAGCGAAAAGAUGGUCAAAAAUGAUAAUAACCAAACCUCUUACUCGUAUUUUCGUGUUAAAAAUCCGGAGAGGAGGCAAUCGAGCUGGAGAUCAAUUUUACCCUCAGCGGAUGAUUGACAGAGCGACGAACCAAUCACUAUCUCAGAAAAUAGCAUUUGUCCGUCCGAAUAUGGUUUCCAGUUUCCGAGUCUCAGAACUUCAAGUGCUGUUAGGUUUUGCUGGACGUAACAAAAGUGGUCGUAAACAUGAACUCCUUGUAAGAGCACUACACUUAUUAAAGAGUGGCUGUAGUCCUGCCGUCCAGAUCAAGAUUAAGGAACUGUACAGGCGACGCUUUCCUAGAACAAUUGAAAGCCUUGCUGACUUGACCGCCAUAAAGUCUUCUGUUUUCUCUUUGGACAAUAACCUCUCAACUGACUCUGAUCUGGGGUCAGGUAUUGCACAGUCUUCGUCAUCCACGUCAGCCCCUGCUCAGCCCUCUUCUCCACUUGUUAGCCCAGUGUUACUACAUGAGACUAAGCCCAAUAUAGAAAUGCAAGAGGCUUCUCCUUCCAUUCAUCCUGUCCAUCCAGAUGUCCAGUUGAAAAGCAUACCCUUUUAUGAUGUCCUGGAUGUGCUUAUUAAACCUACAAGCUUAGUCCCAUCAAAUAUUCAGCGAUUCCAGGAAAAAUACUUUAUCUUUGCAUUGACGCCUCAGCAAGUAAAAGAAAUAUGCAUUUCUAGGGAUUUUCUCCCGGGUGGAAGAAGAGACUACAUUGUGCAGGUGCAAUUGAGGUUUUGCCUUGCAGAGACGAGCUGUCCCCAGGAAGACAAUUAUCCUAAUAAUUUAUGCAUAAAAGUAAAUGGAAAACUAUAUCCAUUGCCAGGGUUUACGCCACCAGUUAAAAAUGGUGUUGAACAGAAACGACCGGGUCGGCCUUUAAACAUCACUUCACAAGUUAGACUCUCAUCAGCUGUACCCAAUCAGAUUUCGGUUUCUUGGGCACCGGAAAUGGGAAGAAAUUAUUCUGUGUCUGUAUUUCUGGUGAAGCAACUAACGUCAGCAGUGUUACUGCAGAGGCUGAGAAACAAAGGCAUCAGGAAUUCUGACCAUUCCAGAGCACUCAUUAAAGAAAAGCUGACUGCAGAUCCUGAUAGUGAAAUUGCAACCACAAGUCUCAGAGUCUCAUUGAUGUGUCCAUUGGGGAAGAUGCGUCUGACGGUCCCUUGCCGUGCUGUCACUUGUACACAUCUACAGUGCUUUGAUGCUGCACUCUACCUUCAAAUGAAUGAAAAGAAGCCCACAUGGAUUUGUCCAGUCUGUGAUAAGAAGGCAUCCUAUGAGAGUUUAAUAAUAGAUGGAUUGUUUAUGGAAAUCCUGAAUUCUUGUACUGAUGUAGAUGAGAUUAAGUUUCAAGAAGAUGGCUCUUGGUAUCCAAUGAGGCCCAAGAAGGAAUCUUUGAAACUAUCCAACUCACAAUGUACAAAAGUUGAACUUGCAUGUUCAACAGUCUCCAACAAGACUGGUUCUGCUGUGCCAACCAGUGAACCAAGUAGCAAUAAAAAAGUUGAGGUCAUAGAUCUGACAAUUGAUAGUUCCUCCUCGGAAGGGGAGGAAGAACCUCCACUGAAAAAAAGAUGCAUAUAUCCUUCUGACACUGAAGAAACCGCCAAUAAAAGCGUUCUGGCUUAUCAGCCAUCUUCCGUUCGGUUGCCAAAUGUUACCAGUGUCGAUACAAGUUUCCUGCCUCAGUUAGCAGAUUAUCCAGCCACAUUCCAUCACUCAACAAUGGCAGCUCUUCCCCCUGAGAUUCAAAAUUUGGACUUCUUCUCAUUGUUUCAGAGUGAUCCUCAGUACUGUCAGUCUAUAUUCCUGGACAAUCUCUCUUCUGCUGUGGGAGCACCGACAAUGACACCCACCACCGUUGGCGGAAGCAUCAUCUCGACCACUCAGCACCAUGAAGGCAACAGCAGCAGCCGCACAGAAACCGGGGUGGUAGCAGGAGGAGGGACACCAGCCAGCAGCAUCCCGGACAUCAUCUCUUUAGACUGACUGGCCUCAUGGACUUUAUCUUUUUUUAUUCACUUGCUGCAACAGGAGAGGUGGGAUUGGAGGAGGAAUGGGGAAAUGGCAAUCAUACUGUAGCCAAGGACCUGGACUAAGAGUUACUGUGCAUUCUUCACAAGGCUGCCUCUUGAUUUUUGUUUUUAAAUACCAAGAGCCUUGUUGACUAUCAGCAUUCAGUGAGACUUGCCCUGUACAACACUCCCUUAUAUGGGUAUGGAAACAAGAAAGGACGACAAGAACUGAGAAUUUAAGUCUGAAAUCUUGCCUGAAGUACCUGACCAAAGUGAACUUGCGGUACAAUGAAAGCAGAAGACCAGAAAAACCUGACAUUUGUUCUGUUGCAAUUAAUGUAAUGUUUUAUUAAUGACCACAAGUGAAAUUAGCAGUGAUUAAUUAGUUUCUCUUCGGCCAGGUGCCUGGCUAUCCACAACUCUCCUUUAAAUAUACAUUAUCUCCAUAAAACUUUGAAUUAUUGGUGCUGAAUUGUGAAAAGCAUUAUAGCCUUGGCCACUUCUCAACCAUAUCCUGUCGUUGAGGAUAAAUACUGUAAAUCCUGACUCAAAUGCAAUAACUGAGCCAGAAGUUAACAUCUUUGAAUAAGGCAUUGUAUUAAUCAGUUCUGAAAUUUAAUUCUUUAAUGAUUAAAUUUCUUAUAAACUUG